GAGUCUCGUCGCGAACCAGUCCUUGAGAACCAGUCGACUACGCUCGCAUCGUUGUCGUCGUCGUCGAGGCAACGAGUCGCCCGCCUCGGGCUCGAAACUCCAGUGGAGUUCCCGGUUUCCGUUGUUUCUCGCGCAGGAAAAAAAAAGAGAGAGACUGAAGAGAGCAUGAAGAGCCGUCGCCGUCGGCGUCGCGAGGAGUGACAGCCCGGCCGUUAGGAAGCAGUAUACGAGAUAAUCACGGCGCGGUGCCCACCGAUGUCGCCGCCAACGGUGACCGCCCUCGUCGUCAGGGCCAACGGUAGUAGCAGCAGCAGCAGCAGCAGCAGCGGCGGCGACGGCGGCGGAAGGGAUCUCCGAGGAUACUCCAAGGUGUCGUCACCUCACUGAUCGAGCGCGAGAAUAAUGAGAAUCAACGCGACGAAGAUGAGCACUCCGAUCGAGGAGAAGAUUGACCAGAAGCUGAAGGUACGGACAGGGAUGGUAACGGUUAGCGAUGGGAAAAGCAAACCCGUGCCGAUGCGUUUGCACUUGUCUAUGGAGGUAUUGAAGCUUCAACGGGAGGAUCUCGAGCAGGCAGCGAAUCACAAUAAACCACCUCUGGACGCUAAGGAGCGCAUGGUGCAAAUCACCAGGCAGAAGAUCGGUGGUUUGGGGCUGAGCAUAAAGGGUGGAGCGGAACAUAAGCUUCCAGUACUCAUAUCGAGGAUCUAUAAGGGUCAAGCCGCCGAUCAGUGCGGCCAGCUCUUUGUAGGAGACGCAAUUAUUAAAGUAAACGGCGAAUAUAUCACGGCGUGCAACCAUGACGACGCUGUCAAUAUUUUGAGGAAUGCUGGUGAUAUAGUAGUUCUAACGGUCAAACAUUAUCGAGCGGCCAAGCCAUUUCUACAGAAAAACGAAAAGGAAGAAAAACUGGAUAACGUUGCCAAUGGUACGGCGGAAGACGGAUGGAUAUCGCCCAACAUGCAAGGCGGUAGUCCCAGAUGCAGUCAUAGCCGUCAAAGUUCUAAUGCAUCUUCCAGUUCAAUGCAGUAUAAGAGAUGGGUAGACGUAAUUACAGUUCCGUUAAUGAUGGCAUACGUAACGAGAUACAUAUUUGGUACCGACAAGCUAAGAAGAAACGCAUUUGAAGUGAGAGGACUUAACGGUGCACGUACAGGAGUGAUACAUUGCGACGAUAGCGCUAUUCUCAGUCAAUGGUUAAAAUAUAUAACUGAUAACAUUACAGGAUUGACACAUUUACAGAUGAAAUUGUACAAUCGUAAUUUUGGAGUCGGCGAGCGUAUAGAAUACAUGGGUUGGGUGAACGAGGCGGUGAGCAAUAGCAAUCAACCAUGGCAGAGUUACAGACCGAGAUUUCUAGCUCUAAAAGGACCGGACUUAUUAUUGUUCGAAACGCCUCCUUGUAAUAUAGGUGAUUGGUCACGCUGUGCACUGACCUUCAAGGUGUAUCAGACGAUGUUCCGUGUGAUGCGCGAAUCGGAGAAUGUGGACGAGCGGCAGCAUUGUUUCCUGGCGCAGAGUCCGGGAAAACCGCCACGUUACUUGAGCGUCGAGACUAGACAGGAACUUCUGAGGGUCGAAGCAGCCUGGCACACCGCUAUAUGUUCGGCUGUUACGCAUUUAAAGAGUAAAACUUUCCCGGUGACUUUCAACAGCAGAACCGCAGGUCUAACAUUAGAGUGGACUCAAGGAUUUACGUUAUCGUAUGAAGGAGCUAACGAGAUCGCGUGGCGUUACAAAUUUUCUCAAUUGAGAGGGUCCAGUGACGACGGUAAAAGUAGACUUAAAUUGCACUUCCAAGAACCGGACAGCAUCGCUAUCGAAACAAAGGAAUUGGAGUGCUCCCAGUUGCAAAACUUGUUGUUCUGUAUGCAUGCGUUUCUUACCGCGAAGGUAGCCGCGGUAGACCCUACGUUUUUAACGUCGACCACUCCGUAAAGAGAUAUAAUUAUAGAUAUAAUAACGUUGUAUUGCCGAUGAAUCACCAAGUGGAUCACUUUUGUGUUCUGUUAUCGUUAUACGGAUUAGAGCGAGCGUGUAUUGAAAAGUUGCCGAGAGAGAAGCAAGAAGAGAACGAGGAAAAGAAAGAGACAGAAGCUAGUCAAUAUAUCCAAAAGAUAUUUUUAUCGUUUACAUAUAAAAAUCACCAAGCGGUACUAUAUACUCUACUCAUCCUACCAAAAGCCAAUUUUACUAGUAUAUACAUAUAUAAAUCUAAUGGCUAUUAUCGUAUUAUUGUACGCCUCUAGAUACGAAUUCUCGCGAGUUUCUAGAAGCGACGGUAUGCAUUUAUAAAUGAUUGUCCAACUAUACGAUGCGAUUACGUUGCUGCUUUUGCUACAUUGUGUUUAUUUCUUUUUGAACUUUUUGAGGAAUACGUAAUUUCAAGUACAUAUGUAUAAUUCUACGAGGAUUGAAUGAGACAUUAUUCAUGACUGAAUGAGAAUAUUUUAACAAAUGAAUGAAGAUUUUUUUACAAAACUUGUUUGUUGUUGACAGAAAUAUAUUCGUUUAUCUAAUAAGUAUGUUGAGAAAUAGAUACAAGAAAAAAAGAAAUUAAUAGGGUUUUUUAAAAACACAAUGAAUCAUGCUCAUGGAGAAGCAUUGCUUUUCAUUCAACCCUCGUAUACGUAAUCUACUCUUAUAGAUAUAUUUUAAUUAUAUUUUAGUAAUACUAUUUUUUUAGUUAUCUCUCGGUUGCGCUUUUGUUAUAAUAUUAUAUGUUUGAGAUCUCAAGAUAAUAAUUGAAAUUUAUAUAUAUAUAUAUAUAUAUACGUAAGAAUCAAUGCACGUGGAUUUAUGACUUCUAAGUUACAAUAACGGCGAAUUUUGUUUAGUUAUAACAAAUUGUAUACUUAUACAUUGUAUUGCGUACUAUACAUGUAUAUAUCAGGUGCCUUAAAAACCAUGAACAAGAAGUAGCUAAAUUAAAGGAGGCAUCAAUUUUUCGUUUCUCAUCGAUGAGGAGAAAAUCAUACUACACAUAUAUUUAGAAUAUUUAUAAAAGAAAUGAGGUUGUUGCAUUUCAGUCUAGAAGUUUUAAUUUGCAAUCUUAAAGAGAUACUUUAAAGAGUAUAAUUAAAUUGAAAGAGACACAAUAUAUCGAUUCGUCCAUCCGACAAAACGUCAAAGUAAUUGCUCUACAGCAAUAAGAUAAUCUACAAUUAGACAACCAUAUGUCGGAUAUCGAAAUAAUUUUAUUUAUUGAAGCAGUAUUAUCGAUGGGGGCAAUAAAUUCUAUGGAUUAAGCGUUGGUACUAUCAGUUUCGAGCUAGAGUUACUCUUGUAACUAUUCAUAACUCUCAGCUGUACUUUCCUGUACCAGACGCAACAGCUAUGUUCUAUUAAAUCGUUUAACAUACGAUUAGAGAAAAUUUAUCUAUAUGAAUAAUUAUGAUUGCGAUAGAAUGUCAUAUGCGCGGAAAGCUUUGAUACGUAAUGGAUAUAUGAAUGUCACAUUUCAAUAACUCGAAAGCUCUAUAGUGUCUUUAAAUAUAUCAAUUAUCUCUUUCCAAUCACUAGCUAUAGUGACAUAGACUUAACAAACACUGUAUAUUAAGUGACUAUAUCUUACAUUGGUUCGCAAUUAUAUUUAAAGCAAUAAUUCUAUUAUGAACGAACAAUUAGAAAGAAAAAUAAUAAGAGAGUAGGAUAUAUAAAUAAAUUAUAUAUAUAAGAGAACUGCAUAAUUAUAAAACAAGAAAAACAAGAAAUAUCCUUCUUGGUAGUAGUUAUGAAAAUAUUGCACGUUUUUCAAUGUUUGCCUAAUCAUUUUUUAAUUUCUUAAAUGUAAGACGAACGGCCACGUCGUGUCGCAUAAAGACGAUGUAAAAUUAAUUUUGACGUUGAGGAGACAUUUUAAUUUCUAUCUCAUGUGUUACGAAAGUCUCCAGUUACUCGUAGAAAGUGCCUACAAAGUAACAGUAAAUAUGUGAAAAGAAAUCCGUGCUUCUGUUAUAUCGCAACGUAAUUAAUACGUACUUUUCUAGUCUACAAAACGUUAGAGUGUUUUACUUAUGAUUAAUCUAUGAUCGAAGCAUUUGCUCGUCUCUCGAUCGCGAAGAUCCAGAGCAAUUCGAAUGAAAAGAACCACUGUUUCUCGACGAAUCUGUUACCGAUGUCACACCAACAUUUAUCAUGUAAAAGGGUACCUUUGCCUAUAACUCUUUCUGAACAUUUCUUUUCCACGAUCGAUAUAAUAUAUCAUAGUAGUAUAAUAAGAAUUAAACGAUAUCCGGUCUUGAAUUUAAGCACAGAGCAAUGCCAUUGAUUUCAGCUGUAUUUUGCACAUCUUAAAGUCUUAUUUAUUUCUUUUAAAUUUUUAGAUUUUGACAUAAAGAAAUUUUAUUAAAUUAUAUAUUAUGUAUCAAAUUAAAGCUUAAACCUUUGUCCCAUGUUUGAUUUUUAAAAUUAAUUGGAAAGCUUAAUUUACUAAGAAAUUUUAUUACUCAAUGUAAAAUAAUUUUUCUCAACAAUAUAUUUUACACAUUGUGUAUUCUCUGCGCUUAAAGUUAGGAGAAUUAUCAAGAACUGCACAAUUAUUCUAUAUAAGUAAGUUAACCAUAAGCGAGAAUGUCUGGAAUAAAGCUGAAAAAGAUCUGAGACACAAUCAGGUCUAGAUUAUAGUCACUUAUCGUAACUACAGGUUGUUCUAGCAGAGCUUUGAAUCCUUAAUAUAAUAUAUUGUAUACUCUGUUAAAUACGUCAACGCAAACCCCAAUUAAAUUUCCCUUAUAUUUACUAAAUAAGAUUUUUUAUUUGGAAUAGAUUAUAUAAGAGUAAACUUUUUAUGAACGUUGUUGAUAUUUAAGAUCUUUCUUUUUUUCUAUCUAUUCAACUAUCUAAUACAUUUUUCCUUGAAACUGUUCAAUCCGUGUGAUUCUCCGGAUUCAGCUCAUUCUAUAAAUUACACGAAAUAGAAGAUAGCUGUACACGCGACGUACUCUGCCUAUAAACUUACUGACUACACAAUUAAUUUCUUUCGGCGAAUGUUUGCGAUUCCGAAAUUUCACCGUUGCAUUCAGAUUCGUUAGUUGGAUUUAUUUCUUUUUCCUUUAUCUCUUCAUACGUAUAUAUUAAAUGGAAAAGUGAACUUGCAGCGCCGGCUUAACAUUAACAUCGGAAUCUUAUAUUUCGAAAUAUAGUUUAUCUGUUAUAAUGUCUAUAUCCCCCAUUGACAAUAUGUUCCAAAAUAUAUCAUUGUUAGAAGUUACAAA